AUGUCAGGAAACUCACCAAGUCCUGCGUUGCGUAUUUCUGAUAUCAAUACUGAAGAAAUUUCAAACUCAAACUAUAAUUCUUCUGGAGACCAAUCCGUAGAAAUGGUAUCUCUAAAAAAAACAAGUGACUCAAAAAUCCAAAUACAGCUUGUGUGGGAAAAAAUCGAGUGCACUGUAAAAACUAAAAAAGGGUCUGAAAGCAUACUUAAAGGAGUUUCAGGAUAUUCUAAUCCCGGCGAAAUUUUGGCAAUCAUGGGCUCCUCUGGGGCAGGAAAAACAACACUAAUAUCUAUUCUUGCUGGGCAAAUAGCCAGUAUCUCAGGCAGCCAUAUAUCAGGGAAGAUAACUGCUAAUGGCAACGAUAUUCGAAAAAUUAGUUAUAGAUCGCAUUGUGCUUAUGUGACUCAGGAAGACACUUUAUUAUCAACUCUAACAGCGAGAGAAAGCUUAAUGUUUUCUUCACGACUUAGAUGUCCAGGAACAUUGGAGGAACAUAAAAAUAGGGUUAAUAAAAUUUUGGAUGAUUUAAGACUAGACAAUAUAGCUGACAAUGUUAUAGGGAGUGUCGUUAAAAAAGGUGUCUCUGGAGGAGAACGUAGAAGAAUUUGCAUUGGAAUUGAACUAAUUACAGAACCAAGCAUAUUAAUUUUAGAUGAGCCAACUUCUGGGUUAGACAGCUAUACAGCAGAUAUUGUAUUUACAUUGCUAGUUGAGCAAUCACAAAAAGGAAGAAAUAUCAUUUCAACUGUCCAUCAGCCUAGUUCAAUGAUUUUCAAUAAAUUUGAUCGACUUAUUCUUAUGAGUGAAGGCCAAUUUGUCUAUCAAGGUGGCGCUAAAAAAUCGAGAAAAUAUUUUGCAGCACUAGGAUAUAAAUGCCCUAGACAUGUCCUUCCAAGUGACUAUUAUAUGAAAAUUAUGCAUGUGGUGAACAGAUAUGAACAAACUGAGGAAGAAAAGGAAACUCUAAAAAUAUUAAUAGAAUCAUAUGAGUCUCAAGACAGCACCAGUGGCCAGAAAACACUUGAGACAGUAAACUAUGACUAUGAUCUUAAUGAAAAGCCACAUAAAAUAGGCUUUUUUGAGAGAUUGUUAAUUUUAUUUAAAAGAGCAAGUAAAAAUGCAAGAAGAAAUGUCAUCUUUAGCAGAGUCAAAUUCAUUCAAGCUAUUGGAAUCAGCAUUCUCUUUGUGCUGAUUUUUAAUGAUUUAGGCACAGGUGCCACAGCUAUACAAAACCGCAAUGGGAUUUUGUUUAUGCUUUCACUAACAGCUUUUACCUUAGGCUCUCAAAACGAAUUACUUUGUUUUCCAUCAGAACGGCCUUUAUUUUUGAAAGAAUCAGGCCAAGGCCUUUAUGAUAGCUUUUCUUAUUUUAUAGCAAAAUCACUAACAGAGCUGCCUAACUUGGUAAUUGCAGUUCUCUUACUCCCCUAUGUGAGCGAAACAAAACCAUUGGAAAAGCUCUAUUUUUGGUUAAAGCCCAACUUCCGAAAGUUAGCAAAAUUUUUAUGAAAAAUUUUUGAUAUAUAAGUGAUAGAUAGUUAGUAUAAUGAAAUCUCUAGCUAAUUCUGCUGAAUAUUAAACAGCUUGCAUUAUAAAACAUAAUUUUGUAAAUUAAAUUUUACUUCUCAAUUUUUGCGCAUUUUUUUUAAAUUUCGAAAAAAAAAUUUUACUAUAAAUUUAUAUAGAAAUUUAAAAAACGAGCCUCCUUUCGUAAUGAACCAAAUUUUUUAAGUUCAUUCACAGAGGGGAGUUAGAAUGCUUAAUUGUAUAUUGAGCUGUCGGCCUAAAUAAUCAUGAUGCUUCUAAAUUUUUUAUAUUCUAUGCCAUUAUGCUGCUUUUUAAUAUGUGUGGAAACUCAUUUGGCUUAUUUACUGGAUCUCUGUUUAAAUCUCAAAGCGGUGCAAUGGCUGGAGGACCUUUGAUUACUAUUCCUUUCGUUAUUUUUGGAGGGAGCUUUGCUAAUCUAAAUUCACUUCCAGCGGCUUUCAGUUGAAUACAAUACAUUUCUCCUUACAAGUAUGGAUAUGAAGCGUUAAGUAUAAAUGAAUACACUGAUUUAAACUUAUAUUGCCAAACUUGUGAUCCAGCAACAGAUAAAGGAUGCAUUCCUUGCGACCCAUAGAAAUACAAUGGUGACGUUGACGGAAAUUGGACUCCGAGGCGCACCUCCUAUGGAGCAGUGGACCGGCGAGAGUGGUGGCGAAAUGUGCCUUUAGGGCUCAAGUGGACUGUCUCAAAUGGAAAGCUUGCCGAAUCAGGGUGUUUUGUUUCUCCGAAGGUUUUCCCUGUCCCUGCCAGAUGGGCUAGACAGGUUUUGCCUACCGUAUGGUCCUUCCUCAUCGUGGCCAUCGGGGCGCUCGCAAGAAGCAGCUCUGCCCAGGAUGAGCUAAUCUCCUCCUGGACAGGUGGUUCAGGCCGGAAAUCCAAAAUGGCCUCAUGCCAUCUUUGGAGCCUAGACGGGGGCGAAUGGUCAGUGCCUGCGGGAGCGCCUAUGGUUGGAUAUUUAAUAAUCUUAAUCUUGCGACCCAUUAGGUCAGCAAGGAUUUGAAGAUUCUCUUGGGAUUGCAAUAUUAGCUAUUAUUUUGGAGGGCUGGGGAAUGUGGAUGAUCACAAGCUUGAUUUUGUUUAGGCUGUCAUGACAAGCCAAGAAGCAAUAA